AUGAAUCACAGAAGGAUCGAGAGUGUCUCCACGCCAUUCUUUGUGACCAAUUUCCCUCCAGAAGCAGACGUCAAGACCUUAUGGGAGGCAUGUGAUAAGGUUGGGAAGGUGGUUGAUGUUUAUGUUGCUAGGAAACUAUCAAAACUUGAGAUUUGGAUGGGAUCAUAUCAUUUAUUUGCUUCUGUGGCUCGGUUUAGUCGAGAUGUUAGUAACAAGGGAGUAUCGAAUAAAAAGGAGAAGGUUGCUUCUCAUAAUUCUGUUGAGCAGGUGAAGAAGCUGAAUGUGCAUGAUGUUGCACAUUCUAGUUCGUAUGCAAAUGUCUUAAAGGGUCAGGGGGUUGUGAAAACUAAUAAAGGCUUGGUUCCUGAAUGUAUUUUACAGGGACAAGAGAUCGAUAACCCGCUGUCAUUGACGAUAUCAAUUUUUGGCAAGCUACGAGAUAUUAGAUCGAUUCCGAUGUUGUGUAUUCUCUUGAAAGAAGAAGAGGAUGGGGACGCUCCUUUGGCGGUUAAACGUGUGUGUAUUAAGACUGGGAAACCUUUUUUGAUCCAAGAUAUGAUUAAAGUGGUUGCUCAAGGUGUUGAAUAUGGGGUGGUGGUGCGUGAAAUUUCAAAUUGGGAACCGAAUAUUAUAGAGGAGGGAGAAAUAGGGUCGGACAUUCCGGACGUGUCAGGGGGAGAGGAAGAAGAUGCUUGUUUUGAUGACGAUGUGAAUGAUUUUAUUGAUGUAGAGAAUGGCGAUAAGGUUGAUGAGGGGCAAGAGAACUCUUUUAGCAUGGAUAAUACACCUAUUAAUGGUGUUAGAGGAGCUGGAUUUGUUGAUAGAAAAGGAAGAUUUUUCCAAACAAAUAAUAAAGAAAAGGUGAUGGAGAUGUGGAUGGGGGUCUUUUCUGCCAAACGUUGCUGCCACGAGAGGUGUCGCUAA